AUGCAACGCAAGUCCUGUGUGAGGACUUCCUCGACCGUUUCUCCAGGUUCGAUCGAGCGCUCCGAGUGUUUGCAGACGCUCAGCUCUCAAGAGCUUGCAGAAGCUCAAGAGAGGCUGAUUGUACAGGCUCAGAAUCGGGUCUACACGAAAGAGUGUGCCUCCCUUCGAUCCCAUAACCGCUUAAUCGGGUCAAGGGAUAUCCUAAGCUUGAAUCCGUUCCUUGACAAGCAAGGUGUCCUGCGUUCUUGUGGACGCGUAAGAGCGGCCACCUCCACAUCCUACGACGAACGGCAUCCAAUAAUACUCCCGUUCGGCUGCGUGUUUUCACGCCUCCUGGUUUUGUUCACGCAUCAAGUCUCCCUCCAUGGAGGCAACCAAUUGGUGAUGCGGCUGGUCCGAACCAAGUUCUGGAUUCCCAAGCUAAGGAACUUGGUGAAGACAGUAAUUGGUGCAUGCAAGACCUGCGUGAUACAUCGCCGCAAGCUCCAGUCGCAGCUGAUGGGCGAUCUCCCAAACGCUCGGUCGACCUUUUCGCGACCAUUCACUAACACCGCAGUAGACUUCGCCGGUCCCUUCGACCACGAAGGUGAUCAUCUUGAGGCGACCACGGACCUGACAGCGGAAAAGUUCUUGGAGGCUUUUUCCCGAUUCGUGGUACGGCGCGGGUGCCCUCUUCACAUGUACUCUGACAACGGGAAAACGUUCGUCGGAGCCUCCUCCAUUCUCUCCAAAGAUUUUGUGGAGAGCACCCGCACCCUGAUUCUCACCACUCACAGCCAUCAAGGUCUCGCAUGGCAUUUCAACCCACCGGGUGCCCCUCACAUGGGGGGUCUCUGGGAAGCAGGCGUCAAGAGUUUCAAGACGCAUUUCCACAAAACGGUUUCCUCCGUUAAACAUACGUUCGAGGAACUUUCCACCCUCCUGUCCAAAAUCGAAGCGUACCUCAAUUCGCGGCCUCUGUCUCCUAUGUCAGAGGAUGUGAGCGACUUGGCGGCACUUACUCCCGGUCAUUUCCUGGUCGAGGGUCAACUACUCUCCAUGGCGGAGCCAGAGUCCAGAGAGGAUGUGGAGUCCAUCCGCAACCGCUGA